CACUUGUCAGCAGUUUGAUAGGUCGUUGGAAUGCAUAAUUCUGAUUUCGGUGUUCGGUGUACAUAAAAUAAACGCAGGAAAAAAAUGAAACCAUAUGAUCGCAAAUGUUACUCCCAAAAAAUUAUGAAAACAAAUAAGUUGUUAAUUAUUAAAAUAUAUAAUAAUGACUCUAGACUUUCCCAGGACGAAUGCAAGACUAGAAUUUUAUGUGCAGAAAGUGCUGGAUUUUUCGUCUAGAUAUAAUUACUCUAAUAGUUGUUAUUAUGCUCCUACUAAUUUAAUUGGAGAGUACGAGAAAUAUCCUGCUUAUGGAGAUUUUCCAGAAGCAUAUUGCUUAAGAUACUAUGGAAACUGGAGGAAAAAAAGCGAAAGUUUCCAAAUUAAUUACAGGCCUCAAGAUUAUGACUGUCUUGGUGCAGAAGAUUAUGUUACAGUCCAAUUUGAAGGUGCUGUCGUACCUAAAGAUAUAUGUGUUUAUGAAAUAUACAAUCCUGGUGCUGUUGUCCGUAUUUGGGGCAAAUUAUUAUGCAAAACUCAAAGGCCUUGGGUGUUACUGUGGGAGGGCGAACCUGAAGUACACCCAAAACAAUCUAGAAAAUUUCAUCCUCAAAUUAGGCAAAUUAAUUAUUUAAUAAAUACUGUGCGUUUAGAAUUUAACCAGACCCAUUUAGACUACCAUUAUGCUGUUGAAGCUGUCCUUUUGGGUGGCCAGCAACCUACAUCUAUUUUAGAGACUAGUAUAAUGUCUCUGGGGCUGUUAAAUAGCAUUAAAGUUCUGCAACCUGAAGACGAUUCAGGGGAUAAAGUCUGCCAAAUUGAACCUAAUAAAUUAGAUUUCUUUACACAUUUACCUAAUGAAGUUAUAUUACACAUAUUUCAAUAUUUAGAUUUAAAAUCUUUAAGUAGAUGUGCAAGAGUUUCCAUAAGAUGGAAUGAAGUUUCAGCAGAUGCUCUUCUUUAUCAAAAUAUUAACCUAAAGCCCUAUUGGUAUAUGGUAAACUGUGAUACAUUAACAUAUUUUUUGGAAAAAUGUAAAACUUUAAAAAAGUUAGAUUUGUCUUGGUGUGGAAAUGAUAUUGAUGAUUUUUGUCAAUUUGUUGCAAUGAUUAUCAGAGCAAAUACUAAUACACUGACUCAUUUAUCAUUAGGCAAUUGUAAAUUUUUGAAUACGGAAAUUAUAUCGGAAUUAUCGUCUUGUACAGAACUAGUAGAUUUAAGAUUAAGAAAUACUAAUUGGAGUUUGCAUUUAAAUUAUAAUUUGGAAAAAUUCAAUAAGUUAGUGUCAUUAGAUAUUACUUCGUCUGAUAUUGAAGAUGCCGACCUUAUUGCAGUAUUAAAGGCUAAUCCUCAUUUGAAGAUUUUAAUCUUAGAUUUAUGUGAAAGGCUUCAAAGACUUGAUCAUGUUGUACAAACAGUGGCGAUGUAUAAUAAAAAUAUUUCAACUUGGAGUUCAUGGAAAACACUGUCGUUAACAGCUGAAGGUGUCAGACGUUUCGGAAGCUGUCCAAAUAUCAAAGAAUUGGAUCUUGGAUGGUGUUUAAUAAACAAAGACCCGGGAAAUUGUUUGCAUUUUAUAGCCGAAGGCUGUCCACAGUUGAGGAGGCUGAUUCUGUCGGAAUGGAGAGGUCUAAAUGACAAUCUUGUAGCACCUGUCAUAAUGUCGUGCAAAGAAUUGACGCAAUUAGAUUUCUUAGGGAUCAAAAAUAUUACUGGUGAAAUUUGCGAAAAGGCUUUGUUAUUUCUACCGAAACUUAGGUUGCUUGAUAUAAGUUAUUGUGAUUCUAUCAACCAAGAUGAAGUUAAUAUUUGGAAGCAGCUAUAUCCUCAUAUAAAAAUACAAAAGAACUACUAGCCAUCUUGUGAUAAAAAUAAGUAUUAGUUAAUUCCUAGUUUAUCUUUAAUAUCGUUAAUAGUUUAUAUUCAAUAAAUACGUACCUGCGUUAAAAAAAUUGUGUUUUAUUAAAUUGUAUGCAAAAUUUCUACACAAGUUCCAAUAUAAUUUCAGUUCUGCUUACACUGUAGUAUCACUAAGAUUGGGUAGAGUAAAUGAUCGGAAAAAGUUUCUUAUUCUUGGAUAAACAUAUGAUUUAACUACACUUGCAAUAUCUGGAAAAUCGUCUGCGGUUGUAUCGCUUCCUGAAAAUA